UAGUAUUCUGUAGAGCUUAAAUAUUAUUUUAUGCUUGAUUAAUUCUCUUUAAACUUUUGACAUUCAGUGUGACAUUGAGUUUACUUUUCUCGCGAUAACAGAAUAUUGCACACUUUCUUUUUAAAGCGAGUGCUUACACUUUUACCUUACUUAAGUUAUCAGUUUCGUUUCGGUUUCGUUGAGCAACUCUCCGAGCGAUCACUGAUCUCCCGUAUAAGUAUAUAUUCGUGGCCGUGCGGGUACAUCAGCUGCAUCGUGUUUUUUUUUCCAAAAACGUCCGUUUAAAACUUUUUUCCUGAACUCGAAAGCUGCACCCAACAAGUGUUGUAUUACCAUGUCCGAAAUAUUUGCGGGAAAGGCAUUUUUGGUAGUUACGGGGGCGAGUCGAGGCAUCGGAAGGGCGAUUGCAGAAAAAUUCGCGUCGCACUUGAAAAAUGACUCGAAAGUUUUGCUCAUGGCCAGAAAUUUGGAGAACCUCGAGAAAAUUGCUGAUGGAAUGCCGAGGGGUUUAAUUAUUUUGUGCAAGAGCGUCGAUUUCGGCCAAACGACAACUAAGGAGUUGCAAGACGCACUGAACGACGCUCUUAGGGGCGAAAAGCCAGAAAGUUUCAAUCAAGCGAUAAUCGUACACUGUGCCGCCGUAGUGGACUACACCCGAACGGCCAAUGAUUUGACGGACUUCAGCGAAUGGCAAACGUUUUUCAACGUCAACAUGUUCUCGUCCGCCGUGUUAAACGGGCUCUUCAUGAAAACCUUCGAGAGCAGUGGCGUAAAAAAGUACGUGGUCAAUGUCUGCUCGUACUGGGGUCUUACGCCAGACGUGUACGUAAGCUCCUACUGCGCCGCCAAAGCCGCCAAGGAUAUGUUUUUCAAGUCUUUUGCCUUGGAAAAUCCUGACGUCAGUGUGUUGAACUACCUGCCGGGCUUGGUUGAUACCGAGAUGCUUCACGACGCCUACAAGAAAAGUAAGAGCGAAGAACUCGUGACUCGCAUAAAAUCAGCCCUCGAGAACAACACUGUUUCGACCCCGGAGAAAACCGCCGAGUGCCUCGUUGGUGUUUUGAAACAACAGAAUUAUAAAUCCGGAGAUUACGUUGAUUUUCAAAAAUUGAACACUGUAUAG